AACAUGAAACCAGCGCAAAACACAAGUUGCAUCUCUUGAGAGAAGCGCUCUAUCGCCGUCCUCGGUUACAGCGUUCUCAGGAAGCGGUCGUGAGCGGCAUCUCUAGAUCUCGCUGCAGCUUCCUUCGGGAGCUCCCUCCGGAAACUGCAGCCGGUGCUGACUUUUCAAAGAAUCGAGAGUUGUUCGGUCCGAAAUGUUGGCGACCGAAAAGCCAGAAGACAUUCGAUGGCGUUACGCGUCGAAGCUCUCGGAACUGGAGAGACUUGAAGUUGAUAGAGCCGGACGCGAUGACACUCCCCUUGAAGCACUAGCCGACAUGUACUUCCACCUGAUGGCGAUAUACCUAAUCAAAGACGACCUGCCCAACGCCAAGUUCGUCUGGAAACGAGCCCCUGACCCAGUCAAACGGGCACUGCCCGCGUUCAAACUCCUGCAUCAAGUUUUCUUGGCAUUAUGGGGCAGACAGUUCCCGGCGGUUUAUACUGCUCUCCAGGCACCUUGGCCCCCGGCAAUGCAGGCCACGAUGGACGACCUCCGAUCGCUUACGGUUCAUCGAGCGACGAGCAUACUCGCCAAAACCUAUGAAAAUGUUGCUGCUGAAGAUUUCUGCUCGUUUCUCGGUGUAAAUCCCCCCGAUGUUGAAAAAGCCUGUGCCGAAUUAGGAUGGAGAUUCGAAGCUGGAUACAUUUUCCCAACCGCGAAUGUGUCCUCAGAGAGCGAAGCGAUACCGUCAGAGCAACAACUGGCGAAAUUAACGGACUUUGUCAGUUUUCUGGAAUGCUGAGCUGAAUUUCUCUCAGGGGAAUUGAUUAUCUAUUAUUAUUUAUGUGCAUACAGAGAAUAAAACCAGGCUA